AUGGAGGUGUGUGUCAUUGCCAAGUGCACAUAUAAGUCGGAAACCAUCAUGUUUUCAGUUUCAUCAGAGUCAUCCAUGGUUGAUAUUUUGAAGACUUUGUGUCUGAGGUUUAGGGGUUUGCAGUUGGGUUGUUUCACAUUACGGUAUUCGGUGCCCAGUUAUCCGAGUUGUUUUCUAGAAACGGAUAGCGAUUUGGACUUGAUGAGGACAUUUUUGUUGAUAUCAAAUGAGAAGACUGUUGAUAUUUUAGUGAAGGAUUUAUGCGGGAUCAGUGAAUAUAGUGGUGAUUUUUGUGUAAAUAAGGAGUUGAUAGCAUGUGAAAAGGGCGAGUCGUCAUGUUCUAGUACUGUCGAAGACAGAAACGAGUUUUUGGGCAGGUCGAAGAGAGCAAGUGCUAAGCCUUUGUUGUCAAAUGAGUGGGAGACAUACAUACAUCAUGUGGGGCAGAAGUUUGACGGUGGUGCAGAGGAGUUCCGGUUGAAAUUGUGCAACUGGCGUGUUUAUGCUUCUCGUUGUGAAGCUACUGGCAGUUUUGUAAUUCGGACGUUAAAUAAUGUUCAUACAUGUGCGGGUCGGAUACGGGAAUCAAAGAGUAAGAUGAUGAGGUCUCGUGUGGUGUCCUCCCUCAUUGUGGACAGAAUUCGUGCAAAACCAGAGCUGAAGCCAGUUGAGAUUAUACACGAGUUCAAAGAUUAUUAUGGUAUAGACAUUUCAUACUACCACGCAUGGUUUGGCAAAGAGUUAGCUAAAUUGGACGUUCACGGUGAUGAGUCGAAGUCCUUCAACGAGUUAAGCAAGUACAAGGGGCAGCUUCUCUGUGCUUCGGGAAAGAAUGGAAAUCAAGGGGUUUAUCCUCUAGCUUUUGGAGUUGUUGAUUCUGAGACAGAGGAGAAUUGGACUUGGUUUCUUCAACAUUUGGCUUCUAUAUUGCUACCGAUGGGGAGAGUGGUGACCUUUUUCUCGGACCGCAAUCAAGGUUUGUUAAAUGCAAUGGGGUUUGUGUUUCCCGGAUGGCCUCAUUCUUACUGUUAUUAUCACCUCAAACAGAAUUUGAUAUCAAAGUACCCAAAGUCAGGUUAUGGGAAACUGCUCCAAGACCGUGUUAUCAAUUUAUUUAGUAGAUGCGCAUAUGCUGUUACGGAGGAAGAGUUUAAGGUAGCAAUGGAGGAGUUGGUGAUUGUUGGGAGUUCGAAAGUGAAGGCAUUUAUAUCUGAUUUGUCUAGAGAUCACUAUGCCAACGCAUUUUUUCAAAGGAAUGCGUUAUGGGGAGAUGGCAAACAGUUUAGCGGAGUCCUUUAA